AUGAAAAAGAAAUUGGUGCAGUUAUUGCAAAUUCUACUAUUCCUCGCGAAAAAUUAUUCAUCACCACAAAGAGAAGAUGUUCAACCGGCUUUAGAAUUGUCGUUAAAAAACUUUGGAUUGGACUACGUUGAUUUAUAUUUAAUGCAUUGGCCAUUAGCAAUGCGAAAAAGUGAAUUUUUAGAACCUAAAAAACCGGAUGGUACAUUUGAUUGGGUGGACAUUGAUGAUGCGGAAGUUUGGUCGGAGAUGGAAAAAAUUGAUCCAUCCAAAGCGAAAGCCAUUGGUGUCUCUAAUUUUAAUAUAAGUAGACUUGAAAGAUUGAUCAGUAAAGCCAGAAUAAUACCUGCUGUUAAUCAGGUUGAAUUACAUCCAUACUUACCUCAGUGGGAACUACUGGAAUUCUGUAAAAAAUCUAAUAUACACGUUACAGCUUAUUCUCCACUCGGCAGCACUAAUUGCCCAUUGCUCACAGAUCCAACGUUAAUAGCGAUUGCAAAAGCAAAUCAAAAGUCAGUUGCUCAGGUUUUAAUCUCAUGGGCAGUUCAACGUGGAACUUCUGUUCUCCCGAAAUCAGUCGUACCAUCCAGAAUCAAUGCUAAUUUUAAUGAUUUUUUGUUGCCAGCUAAAGAUUUCGAGUCAAUUAAUGAGAUUACAACUCGUAAUCGCUACCUAAAACCUGAAGGUUAUCCUGAUGUAUUUGAAGAUGGCUUAUAA